GCCCACAUUGAGGAACAAGAUGAAGGUAGACCUUGCUUGUUCUGCAAUAAGAAAUGUACUGGAUUUGCACUGCACGAUUGGAGAAACACAUGUCGCAAGUGCAAAUGUGCUCGGGACUGCCACGAUGUCGUCAUAAAAUCCAGCGUCACCCUGUUUGACCGACUGGGGAUGAAGUUGUGUGGAGCCCCCCAGGCCACAUCUCAAUCCGAACGAGAUCGAGCUAAUCGAUUAGGAUACUCGUGGAUUCCAUUUGGUCUUGAUACAUCAAAGGUGAAUGAAUACAUGCACCAACUGGACAACAACAAGAUACCCCGUCUGGGCACUGAUGGGGACAAGUACAGGUCCACCCAGUUAAGACAGCAACUCCCAAGGCAAGACUUCUCACAGUUAUACUGCCGCCAGUUGAACGCCCCGACCACGACAGCCAUGCAGAAGCAGAGUUUUGAGGAGUUCGUGGCCACUCGAUCGGCCACCAUAGAUGUCGCCAGUGUCAAGGUCAACCACAACGGCACAUGUCACCAAUGUGAUGGGGAGUUGCAAAAUGGUGACCUGACAGUCGAAGCCACCAAGUACAUGGGUGGACUCGCGUGGCACGUCGCUUGCUUUACGUGCUCGACGUGCGAGGAGCUACUCGUCGACAUGUGCUACUGCAGCAAGGAUGGCGUCCUCUACUGCCAGAGACACUAUGCCGAACUUUUCAGGCCUAGGUGUGCCGCUUGUGAUGAGCUGAUCUUCUCUGGGGAGUAUACAAAAGCUAUGGACCAGGAUUGGCACAAUGGUCAUUUUGCCUGUUUCAACUGCGAUCUCAAUCUCACUGGCCAUAGAUAUGUGUUGAGAGAUGAACACCCCUACUGCAUUGAGUGUUACGAGAGGUUGUACGCCCAUGUCUGCAAUGAAUGCAAGCAUGUCAUUGGAACUGAUUCUAAGGAUCUCUCCUACAAGGACGCCCAUUGGCAUGAGAAGUGCUUCAAAUGUUGCGACUGCCAUCUAUCCCUCGUUGAGAAGCCAUUCGCCACUACCAACAACAAGCUCUACUGCGCCGACUGCCAUGACAACAAUUUUGCCGCCAAAUGUGAUCAGUGCGGGAAGGCUUUCAAAUCCGGCAUGAAGAAAUACGACUACAACGACAAACAAUACCACAUGGAAUGUUUCUGCUGCAAUGAAUGCAAGCAGCCAAUAGCAGAUCAGAGUUUCGUGCCCCGCAACCAGACCAUCGUCUGUGUGCCCUGCUACGAAAAGCAUCAUGCACAGCGCUGUUUCAAAUGCAAAGCAUCAAUCAGCAAAGGCGGAGUGGCCUACAAAGACAACACGUAUCACAAGGAGUGUUUCGUGUGCGAAGGCUGCAGUAAGGUGCUCUCUGGCUUGAAAUUCGUCACGAAGGAUGAACUGCCAUUCUGCGCCGAGUGCUUCAACGAGAAGUUUGCUAAGAAGUGCCAUGAGUGUAGCAAGCCCAUAUCUGGAACAUCUGGAAACACGAAGUACGUAACAUUUGAGGAUCGUCAGUGGCACAGUGACUGCUUCAAAUGCAGCAUGUGUCGCACAUCCCUAGUCGGACAGGGGUUCGUUCUCGACGGGGACGCCAUCUUGUGCGGAUCGUGUAUCAAGUAA